GGGACGCAAACGUAAACGUCAUCACGUUGCACUUCCUGUUUGGGACUUGUUGCGGGAAAUCAAAGUUGUUUGACUUUUCUGAACGGUUUACGUGAACCUACAGAGAUCGUGAGGAGGUUUUUCACACAGAGGAAGCUUUGUACUGCAGGUGUCACUGAACCUGAGACCUCCUCUUCAUCAGUCCUCAUGGAGUCAGAGAGGGCUGAAUCCCCUCCGUCUGGCUCAGGGCCGACUGAAGUCUUCAACUCCAUCAGGGAACGCACCAUCGCAGAGAACAGCAUGGUGGUCCUGCUGCAGGGUCUGCAGGGAGAGGUGACCACGGUGGACCUGAGGAAUGAGAGCUCGGCAAAGGGCCGUGUGGUCAGCGUGGACGCCUUCAUGAACGUCCGUCUGAAGGAUGUGGUGUACCGGGAUGGACGGGGUCAAGUCACACAGCUGCAGGACCUGUUUAUCACCGGCAGGAACAUUCGCUACGUUCACAUCCCAGACCACAUAGACAUAAUGAAGACCAUCGAGAGCCAGCUGGCCAAGAUACACAGAGUCCGCAACUUUGCCAGUCAAGGAGGAGGCAGAAAAGAGUUCAAGAAGAAAACAAACUAACUUUUUACUUUUAUAGAAGAACAUAAAACUCUGCUGGGUUCUGCUGAAGCAAGGUUGAGUUCAUUACAAACUUUCAUGGGUGCACAAACUCGGGACAUUUCUUAAGCUCUUUAAAAAACCUUCACAUUAAAAAAGGGAAAAUCACCCGGUCAUUGUAACAAAAAUCUUUGGCCAUAACCAACCUGUGAAGGGUCUGUAGAUGUCUGAAGAGCUGAAUUUAUGAGUUCAUUCGUCCUUGCUGCUUAUCAACCAACAAUAAGUUGGUACCAACAUGUAUGGGCUUUGUAGAGAACCUGUGGGUGAGUUAAUUAGUUCAACACUGUGUGUUUGUGUUUGAGUAACUGCGUUUUAAGUUUGACAUUGAUUUCAGGUUGUUAUAUUCAGUUUCUGUUUGAGUAAUGUUUGGAAAUGCAGACAUGAAUUCAGAUUAAAGAUGAAUAAAAUUGA